CGGUCCCUGCCCAAGGAAUAAUUCUGGAGGAGAAGGAUCCAUAUUUCUCUCUCUCUCUCUGUUCUGCUGAAGCUGCUGCUGCACCGGCCAAGCUUCAGGAUAGGAAGCGCCGCGAUGUAGGGAGCUCAGCGCGGCGGGAGGUGGCGGCGGCGGCUACAUUUCCCCCCCUUCUGGCAACAUUGUUACCAAGCCAGGGCUUGGGGGAGGGGGAUCUCCGCCUCCCCCCCUCGCACCCCCCUCCUACCCAGCCCCCAGCAGCCUUUCCUAGCUAAGAAACCCCGCGAGGCUGUUGGAUCCCUCGAUUCUUGGGGGCUGCUGGUAGUGGUGGUGGUGCCAAGUCCAGGGCCUCCCCUCCCCCCUUUUGCACACACACACACACACACACACACGCGCGUGCACAAACACACACACGCGUUUCCCUCUCCUCCUCCCGCCGCCACCGUUUGUGCUGUGCCUGGGGCCGAUCCUUCCCUCCGGAACCUAUUGCUCGAUUCGUAUUCGUAUUUUUUUUUUUUUUUAAAAAGAGAGGGGCAGAGGUGGGGGCGGCGGCAGCGAUCGCCUCUUUUCCCUCCUCCUCCUCCGUGUUCCCUCCCUUUCCAGAGUUUUGGAGGGUCAGGGGCGUCGGGGAAAGGCCUGGGAGUGGUGCUGGGGGUUGCCUCCGAGUUGGAGACGGGGAGGGCAGGGCAGGACCCGAUGGCUCGUCCGAGGCCCCGAGAAUACAAAGCUGGAGACUUGGUGUUCGCCAAAAUGAAAGGCUACCCGCACUGGCCGGCCAGGAUUGAUGAACUUCCUGAGGGAGCCGUGAAGCCCCCAGCAAACAAGUAUCCUAUCUUCUUUUUUGGGACUCAUGAAACUGCAUUUUUGGGGCCUAAAGAUCUCUUCCCAUACAAAGAAUAUAAAGACAAGUUUGGGAAGUCAAACAAACGAAAAGGAUUUAACGAAGGCCUGUGGGAAAUAGAAAACAACCCCGGUGUCAAGUUUACUGGAUACCAGGCAAUUCAGCAACAGAGUUCGUCAGAAACUGAGGGAGAAGGAGGGAACACAGCAGACGCCAGCAGCGAGGAGGAAGGUGACCGGGUAGAAGAAGACGGGAAAGGCAAAAGAAAGAACGAAAAAGCGGGCUCAAAACGGAAAAAAUCCUACACUUCAAAGAAAUCCUCCAAGCAGUCACGGAAAUCUCCUGGAGAUGAAGAUGACAAGGACUGCAAAGAGGAAGAAAAUAAGAGCAGCUCCGAUGCUGGAGAAGCAGGCAACGACACAAGAAACACCUCUUCAGACUCGCAGAAAACUAGUGAAGGGACUUAACCAACAUAUUGACUGCUGCAUAUUAAGGGAAGACACAAGAAGGUUACAUGUUCAGUUGUCUAAAAUUCUUGGAUUUGAUAGA